AUGCGGGGAGGGAGGGAGGGAGAGAGAGAGAGAGAGAGAGAGACAGGCAGAGAGAAGGGGAUGAAGAGUGAAAGUAAAGUUUGUGUAGUUUACUAUCUCUGUAGAAAUGGGCAGCUUGAGCAUCCUCAUUUCAUGGAGGUUUCACUCUCUUCUCCAGAUGGUCUUUAUCUUAGAGAUGUGCUAAGUAGAUUGACUUUACUCAGAGGAAAGGACAUAGCUUACAUGUAUUCCUGGUCUUCAAAACGAAGCUACAAGAAUGGAUACGUGUGGCAUGACUUAUCUGAAGACGACAUGUUAGAACCCACCAAUGGUAACGACUACAUUCUGAAAGGAUCUGAGCUUCAUCAAAGCUCGUCCACGUCGCAGUCAAAUGCCCUGAGUUCAAUCUCCGUCACUGCAAAAAGGAAGAAAAACCAGUCAUGGAGUUCAUUCGAAAACCCUCAUGAGCAGGAGAAGAAUAAUUACAGGGUAAUCUAUAAAUCCGAGUCUAACCGAGAACUUGGUAGGAAGUUCGAUGCUGCAACACAGACGGAGGACACAACAGGGAGGAGGAGGAGAAGCACAAACAUGAAACAAGUGGAAGAGAAAACGAGUGUAGAGACGAUCAGCUCAAACGGUUUGAAGUAUGAAAACGGACACAUAGGAUAUCGAAGUUCUGAUAAUGGAAAAAUGAAGGCUUCUCAUGUUUUUAAGAAGUUGAUUACUUGUGGAUCAUCUUUCACUAUUAGUAGACACAUAUAA